GAUUCACGAGAAGCCAGCCAGCCAGCCAGCCGCUGGAGGAGGAAGAGGAAGAGGCUGCACUGCGGAAUAACGGGAGCUAAAAGAGGAAGAGGUUUGUAGCCGCCGCCGCUGCUUGUCGCUGAUCCAGCAACUCAGGUUUGUUGUCUGUUUACAGUCACAAAGAUGGCUGCUUCGUCCUCUUGCAAUGUGGAAGACGACGAGAGCCUGAAGGGAUGUGAACGCUACGUUCAGAAGCAUAACAUCCAGCAGAUUCUGAAAGAGUGCAUUGUCAACCUCUGCAUAGCAAAACCUGACCGGCCGAUGAAGUUCUUGAGAGAACAUUUUGAGAAACUGGAGAAGGAAGAAUGCAAACAGAUACUGGCUUGGCAGAAAUCCAACUCACAAUCUGAUUCCCACGAUGACGAAAUUUCUCCUCCGCCCCCAAACCCGGUGGUCAAGGCGCGGCACAGAAGGGGUGGAGUCAGUGCAGAGGUGUACACGGAAGAAGAUGCAGUGUCUUAUGUCAGGAAGGUUAUUCCCAAGGACUAUAAAACCAUGACUGCUCUGGCAAAGGCCAUCUCCAAGAACGUGCUCUUUGCUCACCUGGAUGAUAAUGAGAGAAGUGACAUAUUUGAUGCCAUGUUCCCUGUCACACACAUUGCUGGAGAGACUGUCAUACAACAAGGAGACGAAGGAGACAACUUCUACGUGAUCGACCAAGGAGAAGUGGAUGUGUAUGUCAACGGAGAAUGGGUCACCAGCAUUGGAGAAGGAGGAAGCUUUGGAGAACUUGCCCUCAUCUACGGAACGCCAAGGGCUGCAACCGUUAAAGCCAAGACAGACCUCAAGCUUUGGGGUAUCGACAGGGACAGCUACAGGCGCAUUUUAAUGGGCAGCACCCUGAGGAAGCGGAAGAUGUACGAAGAAUUCCUCAGCAAGGUCUCCAUUUUGGAAUCCCUUGACAAAUGGGAGCGGCUGACUGUGGCAGAUGCGCUAGAACCCGUCCAGUUUGAAGACGGAGAAAAGAUAGUUGUCCAGGGAGAGCCAGGAGACGACUUUUUCAUCAUCACAGAGGGCACAGCUUCUGUUCUCCAGCGCAGGUCUGACAACGAAGAGUAUGUGGAAGUCGGACGGCUUGGACCAUCAGAUUAUUUUGGAGAGAUAGCCCUAUUGCUCAACAGGCCCCGGGCCGCCACUGUGGUGGCUCGUGGGCCCCUGAAGUGUGUCAAGCUGGAUCGCCCUCGCUUCGAACGAGUCCUUGGCCCUUGCUCAGAAAUCCUCAAGAGGAACAUCCAGAGAUACAACAGUUUCAUUUCCCUCACUGUUUAAGUCAUUCCUGCUGGCUGCCUUUUAUGUUAAAAACUUGUGCACUUAAAUUUUGACCCAUGCCGUUCCAUAGCUUUUUGAAGAAAACAAGAGACGUGUGUAUUUUAUGUAUAUUUUUUAAAUGAUCAUGUCAGGAGCACUAGAUAUCCAAACAUUAUAUUUGUUAUUAUGUUAGAAAAAAGGCAGUAGAGAGCUCGAUGAAAGUGGCUUUCAUGAACUAUUUGUAGGUUUUCUUAAAUUUAUUUUUUCACAUCCUGAAUUACAUUCCUGGUUGCCCUGGUCAUGAAGCCUCUUGGAAUGCAAUUUUAAACACUGAAAACCACACAUUUUAGCAUUUAUUUUACCUAAGUGUGCUGAACAGCUGGUCCUAUCUAUGUUUUGUCAAACUGUAAAACCAAACACCUAAACCCACAACUACUUAACUUGAAUAUCCAUCUUCACAAGUCUUCUUAGGCGGGUUAGAUGUUUCCUAAGACCCUCCCCUCCCAAAAAUUACAAAAUCCCCUUUUAACAUUUGUGAGAGUUGCUUAGCGAAUGGAGCCUUAGUCCAACAAGGGUCAACAGGCACACAAGCUCACUGAAAUCACCAGGCUUAAGCUACAGAGAGAGUUGAAGGAUAUUCAAAACAGAGACCAACACCAGAAAAGGCCUCCCUUUUAUGAAUAUCCUGCCCUGAGUAUGCUCAUCAGUGCGAUAAGGUUUGUUUUCCCUUCCUUUUUGGACAUCCAACUCUGCCCUGAGAUCGGUGGCUCAAAAUAGCAACGUGGUGUAAGAAGUGGGUGGGACCUAAGUUUUGCUGCUCCACAUCAAAGCUUCGUCCUGCGUUAAGGAUACCGCAGCUCCACAUGGCUCAGGAAUUUGGCACCAGUGGUGAGGGAGGCUGCUUUUGGCACAGUCACAUAGCAGGUGACUUGGGCGUGGCAAUGGGACACUGACACUGCCAGAACUGAAAUACCUUUUUUUGGGGGGGGGGCAAUUAUAUCUGUUACGCUGUUUCCUCUUCUGAAUCCAGCAUGUUGUUGAGGAAGACAGGGAGCUGCCUUACACUGAGUUAGGCUGUGGUUCUACCCAGCUACAUACCUUAUAGCCACCUCUGACUGAAAGGUAGGUCUCCAGCAGAUUUCUUUCCCUCAGCCCUGCUGCUCAAGACCCUCAAGAUCCUGGGGAUUGAACCCGGGGCCUUCUGCAUUUGAUGCAUGAUCUCCAGCGCUGAGUCAUUGUUGCUCCCUCACCAUGGAGGAAGCAUCAAGCGAUGGCAAGUUCUCUCACGUGAAGGAACGUGGCGCGUAGCAAUUGAUAGUGGAAUAGGCGGAGAAUGAAUUUGGACAAAGUCUUUAAGGCAGAGAUGCCCAACACAGCCCAUAGAGUCAAAUAUGGAGCGAUUUUGAGGGGGCAAAAAUAUACUGGGUAUGUGUGACCCCUGAUUAGCACCUGUGAUCCCCGAUCGUAUUUUCCACCUUAAAAGCAAACAAACUGUAAAGCUUUGGUUUUAAUUGGAGAAGUGAAACAUGGACGGUUCUGGCGGUGGUGUUUAGCCAUAUUCCCAUGCAAUGUUUUCUCAAUUUAGCUUUCGCUGGCCCCCGCCCUGCCCAAGCAUUUAUUAGCCUUGCUGGGGCUAAUGGUAAUAAUUAAUAAUGCAAGGUGUCUGCCCUGCUCAGCGUGGAAGAGAAUUUUGCCGCUCCCCCUGCUGUUUCCCCUGGACUUCUGAUCAGGCGCCAAAAGAGUGGUAAGGUUCAUCUCACCCCCUUGGCAAGGCUGGCUUACAGAGUAGUUCUUAAGACAUCCACAUGCUGCGACAAGUUACUACUUGGCAGGUGGUCCAUCUGCAUGGACUCCAGAGGUGAAGAAAGCGCCAAAGAAACAAAGAAUCCAAAUCCAUAGCUUUUCAGAACGUGAAGUUUCGAAGCAAUAGGUUUAUAUUUUCCACACUCCCUAAAUUCGCAAACCUUGGCAAAGGUUCAUGUCUCUUUGCUGUGGGAAUUGCUUACUUUCACCCUGAAUGCAAGUUUGGUAACCGUUUGCGUAAUGUUUAGAUUGACAUUUACGGAAGCAGGGAAUCAGCUGCAUUCUGACAAUAAUUCAUUUCAGUGAUUUUAGACUGUAGUUUGUUAGGUUGCCCACUUUUUGAACUCACUAGAUUUAACACUAAUCAAGUUGCCAUACAAUAUUUCACUCCAUUCAUAGGCUGCAGGAACAGUUUUGCAGGAUUCUGCAAGGCUGUUCAGAAUGAAUGGGGGCUACUUAUGAGACCUAUGGCACCCUUUCAUCUUCCAGUGAGGCUUGUUUUAGGCAGAUUCCAGCUGGACUGUGUCCUGUGCCAUGAAUGUUAGGAUGGGAUCCUGUCUCUGCAAGAAGAGUUUCAGUCUCAUGGGUUCCCUCCCCCUCCACACUUUGUUUGAUCUUUGUAAACUGUGUUUAUUAUUCUUAUGUAUGACCUUGAUUACUGUUUUUGCAUGCAUUGAGAAAUGUGGAAAAUCAGAUGCCAUGUUAGAUAAUGUAAUGGCACCAUCUAAAAAAGAUUUUUAAAAUACAAUAUAUGUCAUAUGUAUCUAAGACUUACCUCCUUGUGAACCUGUUUUGGUAUUCUGUCCUGUGUGGAUUUUUUUU